AUGCUGGUUGAUGCACCUAGGAAGACGAGUACACUCUAUCGCAAGUACGGGCCUAGAGAGCUGUACGAGUACAACGGAACACACCCGCACAAGCCCAUCUUGAUAGCGAUUGGUGGGAUUGUAUUUGAUGUGUCGAAAGGGGCGAGUUUCUAUGGCCCAGAUGGUCCAUAUGGUAAUUUCGCAGGCAGAGACGCGUCUAGGGGGAUGGCCAUGCAUUCAUUCGAUGAUCAAGUACUCACGCCUAUCGAUCAGCCACCUGAUAAGCUUCAAGAUCUAACGGCGGAUCAAGUAAUCGCAAUGAAUGAGUGGAUAGAUCACUUCAAGCGUAAAUAUUAUAUCGUUGGCUGUUUCCCUGACUUGAAUUAA